GGAAACCAGCCCAAUCUGGCAACACCGGGCCUGCACACCAACCGACCUUGACUGUGUCCUCUGCUUACUCUCGCGCGCGAUUGGUCCGAUCCGCAGCACUCAAUCCGCGUCCUGGACUCUGAUUGGCGGAGACGCCCGUCAGUCCCGCUCCGCUGGCCUCCGGCUGAUCUGGUUGGCUGUCUCCGCUCGCCUUUCUCUCGGCGGUGGGUYGGAGCCGCUCUCUGGCCUCGCAUGUUUCCCUUUGGAUCCCUGUUUUCAGUUUGAUGCCCCUCUUGUAGAUUUGCUCAUUUUUUGCCCCCCCUCUGGGCCACAGUCAGCGCAGUGCCGUUUUAUUCACCCCUCCCUCCCUCACGGGCUCAUUUAACGUUUCGAGGCUCGAACCCCCCCUCCGAGCAUCAUGGCUGUGGUUAGCGGAUCGUCUGGGCCGGUCGCCCGGCUCGAGGGCCGUGAAUUCGAAUACAUGAUGAAGAAGCGGUCGGUGACCAUCGGCCGGAACUCCUCUCAGGGCUCCGUGGACGUGAGCAUGGGCCACUCCAGCUUCAUCUCGCGGAGGCACCUGGAGAUUUUCACCACCAGCGACGACGGCACGGGCGGCGGGGACUUCUACCUGAGGUGCCUGGGGAAAAACGGGGUGUUUGUGGACGGAGUGUUCCUCCGCCGGGGCGCCCCUCCUCUGCAGCUACCACGAAUGUGCACCUUCAGGUUCCCCAGCACCAACAUUAAGAUCACCUUCACGGCCCUGCCCAGUGGGAAGAAGGCGAAGCGCGAGGCCCCGGAGUCCCCAGUGAAACCCGUACAGCCCCAGAUCUCCCCCCUGACCAUCAACAUUCCAGACAACAUCGCUCACCUAAUGAGCCCCCUGCCAUCGCCCACUGGCACCAUCAGUGCUGCUAACUCCUGCCCCUCCAGCCCUCGGGGUGCGGGCUCUUCAGGCUACAGGAUGGGGGGCCGUAUGGUCAGCUCUGCAGAGCUGCAGCUCAUAAACGAUAACUCCCAGCCUGAGAACGACAAAGAGACCUCUGGRGGGGACAGUCCCAAGGACGACUCCAAACCUCCGUACUCCUAUGCACAGCUGAUUGUCCAGGCCAUAACGCUGGCUCCGGACAUGCAGCUAACACUAAAUGGAAUCUACAAUCACAUCACAAAGAAUUACCCUUACUACAGGACUGCAGAUAAAGGCUGGCAGAACUCAAUCCGUCACAACCUGUCUCUGAACCGUUACUUCAUCAAAGUGGCGAGGUCGCAGGAGGAGCCGGGCAAAGGUUCCUUCUGGAGGAUAGACCCGUCUUCUGAAGGCAAGCUGAUCGAGCAGGCCUUCAGGAAACGAAGGCCCCGGGGGGUCCCCUGCUUCAGGACCCCGCAUGGACCCCUCUCCUCCAGGAGCGCCCCUGCUUCUCCCAAUCACUCUGGGAUCCUCUCCGCUCACUCCAGCGGCGUCCAGACCCCCGACAGUCUGUCACGAGAGGGGUCCCCGGUCCCCGUGGAACCAGACUCAGCCUCUGCUCCCGCCCCAGCACCCCCCACCACCACAGUCCAGCCCAAGCUGGCAGUGAUCCAAGAAGCACGCUUUGCACAAAACACACCAGGCUCUCCUGUUAGCAACCAGCCGGUCCUCAUAGCGGUCCAGCGUCCGUUACCUCAGACCAUCAAGCCUGUGACCUACACCAUGGCGUCUCCGGUGGGCACCGGAGCGUCCCAGCCCGCGGUCCAGACGGUCCACGUCCUGCAGCAGAUCCCGGCCGGGUCCCUCGGUCCCGCCACGGCCGUCCUCGCCCAGCCAGCCACCAUCAUCAAGAGCGAACCGCAGGAGAACGGCGAGGUCAAAGUUAAAGUUGAGACGGUUCCCAGUAUGGGCUCAGUGGGCGCGCCCGGGCGCAUCAUCCAGAGCUCCCAGUCCUCCGCCCCCCUGCAGACCGUCACCAUCGUGCAGCAGGCCCCCCUGGGUCAGCACCAGCUGCCCAUCAAGACCAUCACACAGAACGGCACCCACAGCCUCACCACUGCCCUGCAGGCGCCCGUCAGCUCAGCUGUGGCGAGCCCCCUCCACCUGCUGGCGGCCCACGCCUCGGUCUCCGCCUCCCUCCCCACCAAGCGGCCGAACGGGGAGCAGCUGGCGAGCGAGCAGCCCGACGCCAAGCGCAUAAAGACGGAGGACGAGACGCCCCCGGCCGCCGCCGAGACGGACUCGCCGGCAGCCAACGACCAACCAAACUAAUCGGAGCGACGCACCACAGAAGCCCCGCCCCCCUGAACCACCACCAUCACCCCUCUCACCACCCGUCCCCCCCUCUCUUGUCGUUUGUUGGCCCCCCCUCACACCACUCACUCCCGAGGUGCCAAACGGAGACGUUUUCUUUCAGUUUGUGUCCAGUUUUCUGUUAAAGGUAAAAAUCUUCUUCACCCCUUUAAGAAACUGGAAACCGAGUUGAGAACAAUAAAAAGGUGUCGCCUGUGAGCUGCCGAGACAAGAGAGUGACUAAAGCAAGACCACAGGAAGCCUUAACAACACGCUGACCUUUGACCUCAACUGAUCCCACCGGGAGCGGCCCCCCACCCACCUCGGACCGGACCGGACGUCCCCGUUCUGUCGCACCUACCUCAGAGCAGACCGGAGCCUCCGGCGGGCCCCGCCCUCCCCGACCAACCGAGCGACAAGUACGACGAGCAUUCAGUUUUUUAUUAUUAUUAUUAUUAUUAUUAUUAUUAUUAUUAUUAUUAUUAUU